AUGCAGAACCCAUCAUGUCUACUCUACGGCCCGGGAGACGCCCGCUUCGAGGACCGACCUCUCCCUAUGAUCGAAGAUCCCUACGACGUGAUCAUCCGCAUCGCCUACGUGGGUGUCUGUGGAAGUGACGUCCAUUUCUGGACUCAUGGAGGCGUUAAACGACUCGUCUCCCCAUCCAAUCCCCUGGUAAUGGGCCACGAAGCCUCGGGUAUCGUGCAAACCGUCGGCCCCGCAGUAACGACCCUGCAGCCAGGGGACCCCGUUGCCAUCGAGCCCGGGCGUGCAUGCCGUCUCUGCAGCCGCUGCAAGAUGGGAAAGUACAAUCUGUGCCCGCAGAUGAAGUUUGCCGCCAGCCCGCCCGACCAUGGCACCUUGUCGAAGUAUUUCAAGAUCUCCGCUGACUGCUGCUACAAGAUCCCCACCAGUGUGGGACGAUCUUUCGGGCUUGAUGAGGCCGUGCUCGUUGAGCCAUUGUCCGUCGCUGUGCACUCGGUCAGGCAGGUCGGCGUGCAGCCCGGUGACAAGGUUGUUGUCUUUGGCGCUGGCACGAUCGGACUCCUUUGUGCGGCUGUGGCGCGCGAGUACGGGGCUAGUAUGAUUACAUGCGUGGAUAUCAGUCGGGAUAAAUUGGAUUUUGCCCAUUCGUUUGUUCCGAAUGGCAGGUUGUCGUUUGCUACCGCGAUUCCUACCCAAUCACUUUCGCCGGAAGAGAAUGCUCAGUGUCUGCGUGGGAUGCAUCGCAAUGCACAUAUUACCGAGACGGACGUUGUGGGGUUCGAUGUGGCGAUUGAGGCCACGGGUGCGGAAUCGUGCAUUCAGAUGGCUAUUCAUGCGCUUAGGGUUGGGGGAUCGUUCGUGCAGACGGGGCUUGGGCAGCGGAAUGUCAGUUUUCCAAUUUCAACGGUUUCGGAGAAUGAAAUCAAUGUGAAGGGGUGUUUUCGGUACGGGCCGGGGGAUUAUAAGAUGGCGUUGGAGUUGGCAUUUACCAGAAAGAUUGAGCUGAAGUCGUUGAUUACCAAGAUUGUGCCGUUUGAGAAGACCAUUGAGGCUUGGGAGACUACGAAGAGAGGCGAGGGUAUUAAGACUUUGAUAAGGGGUGUCGGGUUUGCGGAUGAGCAUGAUGGGAAUGAGGCUGGGGAUAAGGAGUAUAAUCCGGGGUACGUGUGA